UUUGUCUCCAAUUUGUGUCUGGGAUUGUUUUCGAUGAUUUGUUGUUCGGGUUUUUUUCACGUGGUGUAAAUGUGUUUGGCUAUGGAAGGAUUCUAAAUUGUUAUUGUUUUGCUGUGGUCUUGUUAUUUUAUGAUUUUUCAUACAAUUGUCAUGAUGAGGGACCUAAUGAGAAACUACCGCAACAUAAUAACCCGGAAAUCGGAAUCGGACUCCGAAAAUGAAUCUCAACCCUUGAUGACAUCAUCCUCAUCGUCGGCGAGAAGUUUCGGAGCCGUUCGUGGUAAUUAUAUUUUUUACCCGGAAUCUGAUGUAACUGACAGCGAUUUUGACAGGUCCUUUAGAAGGACGAAUAUUACUGAAACGGACAAUCUACAAAGAUCUAUUAAUUUUCCGACACAGUUUUAUUCACCCGACAGUUUCAGCAGUAAAAAUUAUUACAGUUGUCAGGAAUUCACGAGUUCUUUAGGGGUUUAUGUACCACCUGAUUCUAUGGGUCAAAGGAACGAGGGCAAAGAAGCUGAAAAGGCCUUAACGCAAAACUCCCUGGUCACAAUAUUUUCAAUAUGGAACACGACGAUGGGCUCGUCCCUGUUGGCCAUGUCAUGGGGCUUCGAAAAAAGCGGUCUCUUCUCCGGCAUUUUCAUUAACAUUUUGAUUGCCGGCCUGUGUCUUUACACUUGCAACGUUUUGCUCAACAUCAACAACAAACACGGAGUACCCGGCCACAACCACGAAGUGUGUGACCUGUGCAAGGAGCUUUUGGGCAGAUGGGCCGAAGUACUGGCAAAAAUUUUCUCUGUCAUCGUCCUAAUUGGGGCCAAUAUCGUCUAUUGGAUACUAAUGUCCAACUUUUUGUACAACUCCGUCGUCUUUUUCUACGAUCUGAUUUAUUCCUCCUCAAGUACGGAUAAUCAGUUUCCGGUAAUCUGUCCGAAAGACACAAUUUUAACACCAACAAAUAUGACGUCCUCGUUGGAGAAGACCCCCUUUGAAAAGUACUGGGAUUUGUACGCGACGGUACCAAUCUUCCUCGCCCUCAUAAUGUUCCCGAUGUUGAAUUUCAAAAGCCCCACGUUCUUCACCAAAUUCAACAGUUUGGGAACGAUCAGCGUCGGUUUUAUCGUAAUUUUUGUGGCCGUCAAGUCGUACUCCUUCGGCCUGAACCUUCCGAAUUGGCAGAACGAGAUUUACUUGAAGCCCACGUUCACCGCCUUAAGCGGCAUGUUGUCGCUGAGCUAUUUCAUACACAACAUCAUCAUCAGCAUCAUGAGGAGCAACAGAAACCAAGAACAUAAUGGCAGAGAUUUGUCGAUUGCCUUUGCAUUGAUCACCUUCACGUAUUUGUUCCUUGGAGUUACUUUCUACAUGGCUUUUCCUUUGGCCAAAUCCUGCAUUGAAGAUAACAUCCUGAACAACUUCCCCAAAAACGAUACCUUGACGAUAAUCGCCAGGAUUUUAUUACUCUUCCAACUCUUCACAGUGUUUCCACUUUUGGCCUUCAUGCUAAGGAACGACAUCUUUGCCAAUAUUAAAAUGAUUUUCGCCAAAGGUUGGGGAGAUUUUUCGUACAAGAAAGUUGUGGCCAUCAAUAUUGUGUUGGUGAUCACUUGCAUUUGUUUCGCCUGUUUUAUGCCCAGAAUUGGUACUUUGAUCAGAUACACUGGAGCAGCAAGUGGAUUAGUUUACAUUUUCAUGCUUCCAAGUCUUUUGAAGAUGGCUUCCUUGAAGAAAGAAGGAAACUUAACACCACUCAAAACAAUUUUCUAUGUAGCAAUUAUAACAAUAGGAGUUUUGAAUCUCUUAUCCCAGUUUCUUAUUACCGUUUAAAUGAAACGUUUAAGCGGUUAGAAAUAUGACUAUGUGAUAUAAUAAUCAUUUUUAAUCAUCCACAUUUUAUCAUCUUAUGUAUUUUUUUACGAAUUAAUUUUUGUUGUUUUAUUUUAGUGGACAAAAAUUGUGAUAAAUUAUUGUAUUUAAUAAAUAAAAUAAUUAGAAUCUGAAA